AUGCCAUACACUCAGCCCCAAAAGUACGCCAUUACAGAGUCUAUUGGAAUAAAAGGGAAACUCCUCAGAUGUGGUACUUAUGGUAGUGUAUAUGAAGCAAUCAAUCGUUUAUGCGCAACGAAAGAAGUUGACAUUAUCCCAGAUGACACAAAAUCAUAUGGAUGUAUACGCCAAUUAGAACUGCGGGUGAAACUGAAUAUGAUUGAAGAAUAUGUAGUUAGAAAUUUCACACGUCAUAUUCUCUCAGGAUUGGUUUAUUUGCACAGCAAGAAAAUAUUUAACAUGGAUAUUAAAGGAGCAAAUUUGCUUGUUGAUGCAUACAGGAUGGUGAAGCUUGCAAACUUUGAAUUGGCAAAAUAUGGUAGUCCACAUUGCAUGGAUCCAGAGGUUUUGCAAGCUGUCUUGAGAAAAGAUGCGAAUAUGGAAGAUACAAUUAUGAUUUACCAUAGACAUUUGGAGCUUCGGGUGUAUGGUGAUUGAGAUGGUGAAUGUCAAACUUAGGCAUCAGGUUGGCUAUUCUAUAUGACUGAUGGCAUGCUACUAUGAAACUUUCUUAGUGAACAUGUUCUUAGAAGUUAUAGGAUAUUGUUAGUAUUCGGGAAGAAGUUCAUCUACAAUUAAGUUUCGAGUUUUUCCUUUAUUUUUUUUUUCUUUUACUUUUGUUCAUAUUACUUUAUGUUUAGUCUGUAUUUGGUUAAACGUUUAGACGUAUUUGAUUAAUUAUAAUUCAAAAAGUUUAAAAAUAUUGAUGA